CCGAGCUGGGGGCGGGCGGCCGGCGGGCCGACGGCUGCCCCGCCGCUGCGAGUGGCGGCAGUGGCGGCUGCGGGGAAGGCGGCUGCGGCUGGGGAGAAUGGCUGCGACUGCGUGCGGCUCCCCCACCAGCCGGCCGCCCCAAGAGGAGCCCCCGGAGGCAGCGCCGGGGCUGCCGGCGGCCGGGGCGCGCAAGCGGGGCGGCGACGCGCGGCGGAGGCAGGCCGCCCUCUUCUUCCUCAACAACAUCUCCCUGGACGGGCGGCCGCCGUACCCGGCGCCCGGCAAGCCGUCGCAGGGGCCGCCCGCCCGGCCCGCCUCGCCGGCCCCGGGGGAUCCGCCGCCGGCGCCGCGGCCGGAGGAAGAGUCCGGGGGUGCGGCGGCGGAGCCCGCGCCGCGCCUGCUGCUGGCCUCCCACGGGCCCCCGCCGGGGUUCCUGCUGCCCCCCACGGCUGAGCUGGACCCUUCCCGCGGGCUGGGCGCGGCCGCUGCACUCCUGCCCCAGCUGCUGCUGGGCAGCCCGCUCUGCCCGGUCCCCGCGGCCGCCGUCACCCCGGCCGCCCUGGCAGGGGUGUUGGUGGGGGCCCCCAAGACGGGCAUCGCUCCCCCGGGGCUGCUGAGCCCCACCCAGGGCGCCCCUGCCGGCGGAGGAGGAGGAGGAGGAGGAGGAGGGUUACCUCUGGAGGUGCAAAGGCAAAGAACAAAGCACAUAUCUGGAUCUCCACGACACAAAGGCUUGAAGAAAGUACAUUUCAUCAAGAAUAUGAGGCAAUACGACACGCGGAACAGCAGGAUAGUAUUAAUUUGCGCUAAACGAACCCUUUGUGUGGCUUUUUCUAUCCUGCCUUACGGAGAGAACUUAAGGAUCAGCGAGCUGAGAAUAGAGGGGCAAAAGCAGAGACAUCCGUCUGGCGGAAUCUCAGCCACCUCUGAGAUGGUGCUGGGAAUGGAAGGCGUGGAGCUGGGAGCAGAUGGCAAGGUGGUGUCCUAUGCAAAGUUCUUGUAUCCGACCAAUGCUCUUGUCGGCCACAAAAAUGAUGCCGUUGGUGCUGUCUCUGUGUGCCGAGCAACUGCAGCCCGGGCAGCCGGUGGAUCAAGGUACAAAGCUUCAACAGCCAAAACAAUACCUUCCACAGCGGAUCUUGGAAAUGAAGUGGGAGAGUUAGCAGAGUACAAUCCCAAUUUGCUUGACGACCCGCAGUGGCCAUGUGGGAAACACAAGCGUGUCCUCAUUUUUGCAUCGUACAUGACCACCGUGAUCGAAUACGUAAAACCCUCAGAUCUUAAAAAGGAUAUGAAUGAAACAUUUAAAGAAAAAUUUCCUCAUAUCAAGCUCACACUAAGCAAAAUCAGAAGUUUAAAGAGAGAAAUGCGGACCCUGAGCAUGGAGUGCAACCUGGAGCCAAUUACUGUGUCCAUGGCUUACGUCUACUUUGAGAAGCUUGUCCUCCAAGGCAAGCUCAACAAACAGAACCGAAAACUGUGUGCUGGUGCUUGCGUGCUGCUCGCAGCCAAGAUUAGCAGUGACCUCAGGAAACAUGAAGUCAAACACCUUAUUGAUAAGUUGGAAGAAAGAUUCCGAUUCAACAGACGAGAUCUCAUUGGAUUUGAAUUUACUGUUCUUGUGGCUUUGGAAUUAGCUCUUUACCUUCCUGAUAACCAAGUGUUACCUCACUUCCGUCGACUCACACAACAGUCCUAGUCAAAGCUACACUGAAACAAAAGCACCAAUCCUUAGGUGUAUCUGGGAACUGGCAACUGGCUUUUCCUGGGUCACACAAUCGAACAGUGUUAAGAAUAUUCCUAACAUGGAGUCGAUGGUGGGUUUUUCAUGGAACUACCAAAGUGGAAAGGACAAUGCAGAGUCCGUGUGUGAGCAGUGGCAGAAGUGGGAGAUUUUUGUUUGAAAAACUAAAGCACAAAUGAUUUGCAUCCAGUUGCCACUACAGUUGCUGAUUAUCCUCCGUUUAACUUUUUUUUUCUGAAAACAAUCUGUUCUUCCUGCCAGGCAUUGCUACUUUGUCAUUUCCUUAUUCUCUUUUUUCCCCCUCUUCCUUGAACUUAAAAGAGCAUUACUUCAUUCCUUGAUUAGUGCUUGUGAAAAUUCUACAUUUCAAACCAUGAACACUUGGGGAGGGGGAGAAGAAGGACGUGCCUAAGGCUGGGCUGGUACCAGUCUCUCUCUUUCUCUUUCUCUUUUCUAAAGUUAUGUUACUUAGUGGCAAAUUCGGAACUUAAGCAGCAAUUUAUCUUUUUGCCUUUAUUUACCUUGUGCUGUAAGGGAAAAAAUUCCAUUGUAUCUGCACUCUCAUUUCUGGGAAGGUUGAUCUAUGUAGAUUAUUCAGUUUUGGUUUUUUAACAGAAACAUAUUACUGAAUUAUUGCACUUGUUGAACAAGGAGCUAUAGCAAAACAGUCUUCAUUUUAACUUGUCCCCCAGAGGUUGAGUGAAGCCAUUGAUUUAUGGCAGUAAUUUUGACUUGUAGCUUCCAGAGCUAACAUCUUUUUGUUACUGCUUUCUGUAGCCUGAAAGUAAUAGCUGUUUUAUUUAUAACAAUGUGUUCAUAUAUUGUCUUUCCUUAUGUGCUACUGACAUGUAAAUGUCUCCGGCAGUACAGCUGUCGAUAUCUAAAUUAAGCCAAUGAAACUCAGCAUGUCUGACUUCUGUAAAACAUUUUUUUAAAAAAAGGUUCUUCCAAGCUCUUUGUCACUGUGAUGUUCCUCACGAACCUGAUUUUUCAAUGCACAUUCAAACCGCCAAUCUUAUAAAAGGCCAAUGUCUAGCGGUGUGCUGGGUAGACACAGUUUUUUACACACUUGGCCAAUACUUUGAUUUAAGCGUUUAGAUGCUAAAAUAUGAACUGUAUGAUUUCUUGCGACUAUAAGAGAAGUCAGUGGCUGUCAGGUUUUUUUUCCUAAGCAAUAUUGUGAUAUAAAUCAAAGUGUUUGUGUAUGUUGUGAUAUUUGCCAGUGAACGAAAUUACUACUUGGGUAUUGUGAUUAAUGUCCGCACUCUUACUUUUUUAGUGUAACUGAGGCCAGUUUGAGAGAGAGAGAGAUCUUGCAAAAUAAGAGUGGAGAUAAAGGUGCAGAAAUGUGGAAUGUACCACUGCAGGUGUGAAAUCACGUUUUGAGCACAGGCACACUGCUACCAUCAUGACAAUGUACAGUAAACAAAGCACACUGGGGAGAAGUUUAGAGAACAAAUUCUCUCCGAUAAGCUGUUUUAUUACAGGAAUUGCUGUUUAACAAAGGCAUUUAAAAAUAUAGCCACAAAUAAUAAUGCCUGGUUGAAUCUUAAGUGGUACAGUUGACUAUUCUGGGCUGUAGAAACUGAGCCUCUUACUAAAACAGAGGACUUUUAUGCCUUCUAGUACCUAGAUUGCUAUAAAUUUUAACUUGGAAAUACAUAUACUUCGGGCUGGAAAGUUAGAAAGGGGGUUAGAAACAUCUGAAAUGGAGAGAAUAGUAGAACCCAAGAAGGCAUUAUUUCGCAUGAAGAGUCUUGAUUUAUCCCUGACUUCCUUGCACUUACGCAUGAAUGAAAACUAAUUGGAAAAAUAUUUUUAUCCAAAGCCAACUUGUUAUUGAAAUUUGAGCCAACCCAGUUGAGAAUGCCUUUCUAAUCAUGGCUUGAAAUUAAUGAAAAUUAAUGCACCUCAUCUUAUUAAUAAUACCAGUCAAUUCCUAACUGUAGCAUUUUUUGAUAUAAUGUAUAAUAGAUUAACUAUUGCUCAAAAUAUAAGAUGUGGUAUGUUGCAUUUCUUUAUGGAUUUUCACAGUGUAGGAUGCUAUCUCCAUUUUUCCCAGGAAACUUCAGAAAUAAUUGUGUGCAGUGUUAAAGCACCUGAACUGAAAGUGAGUUUUUUUUUUUUUUUUUACUAUUCUUCCCAUCUUGUUAAACAAUAGUAACCUAAACACAACUGACUUGAAUUGCUACACUGCGUUCUGAAAUAGUUGCCAACUUAGUUUUCCAAGUAAGGCAGGUAUUACCUUUUUCAAGCACCUAUAAUGGUCAAAAGGCUGCUUGAAAAGGCUGUCAUAAUUAAACUCUGAAAUUUAAUUUUGUCUUUGGAAAAAUGUACUGUUUAGUUAAAACAUUUACUGGUAUGUAGCUACUGGGACAGGUAAGUUCUACUGCAACUGGUUGAACUUGCUGCCUUCCAGAGGCCCUUAGUAUAGCUUCUAGGAGUUGGAAGUCCAGCAUAUUUGGGGGGCACAAGGUUGGGGAAGGCUGCUCUCCUUAAAACAUGCUCACUCAAAACAUCUUAAAUGCAUAAAGGCAAUGGUACGAGCUAUCCUCUUCAGAUGAUGAAGUGGAUUUAUAAUUAUUCAUGGUACAAUUUUUUAAAGAAAAAUCUAUUUUGGAACAAAGAACCCAGCUGUAAAUCAGGGAUUCUGAUUUUCUCCUUUUCCCCUCUCCCUAUUUUCUCUAUAUCUACUUGCAAAUUUGCAGUGGUCUAUAUAUUGACAGAAGGCUUGUUCUAGUCUUUUAUGAUACAUGGAAUAUAUUUUGAAUUGAAGAUAUUGAAAAUCUUGCCUAAUAGUCAAGGCAAUGUUGCUUCAGGAUUCAAAAGAAUGAGGAAUUGAGAAUCACUAUCAUUUUUAACUUUGCAUUUUGACUUCGUAUGUUGAGUUACUUAGAACAGUACAACUAUUGAAUACUGUAGUGAAUAUGGAGAGUGUGAUGUGUUCGUAAUUUCAUACCUUAAUUUCUGGUUUGGGUUCUCAUUCACCUAAGACUCACUGUAUUCCUUGUUCAUGCAAUAUCUGCCACUGCGUGGUAACUGUUGUUAUUACAACCAAACCUAGAUCCAGUAUAAAAUCCCAGUUUACUAUCUUUGGAGUAAGAUACUAAUCUUUUGACAGUUGAAGUUUAAAUUAUAGAUUCUUAUGUAAAUAAUGGUGCUUGUAUAUCUCCGGCCCAAGAAAACACUCCGAAUUGGAGUUUGUAUAUUUUUAUGUUGGUAUAUUUGUGUUGUCCUAAAUUUAAGUUUCUGCUUUGUAUAUUGUCUGAUUUUGUUCUUCCAAUGAAAUGAAUUUGUUAAUAACUGAAUGUUUGUGUAACCAAAUGUUUUGAUACCUAUUUUAUAACUUAGCACAUCUGAAUAUAUUUCAGGUUUGUGUCAUAAAUAACUCUUCAAAAC